CCUGUGGUCUCUGAAGGUCUUGCAUCUGCCUCAACUGUGAGUAAAAAGAAAAAUUAAGACACCAAGAGAAAUCGUGGGAGAAAAUAAGCUCAAAUCAUGGCCCAGCUUGUGGUGUUGACCAAGAAACAUGGUUGCCGUACCUUCAAAGAAAGAAACAGGGUGGUAGCCUUCAGAAAACCACAGUUUUAAAAGGAAUUUCAAAAUAAUCCUAUCCCUAAUAUGCCCUUGGGUGUUUCUCUCUAUCAUUAAUGCAAAAGUAGUGAAAAUGACAGAAAAUAAAUUCUCCUAUUCCUGGGGACUUCUUAGCUUGUUGGGACUCAUGCCAACGUCUCUAGGUCCAUUAUUCUCUGAAAACAAUACUUUUGGGUGGCUGUAUGUAUGAAAUGGCUCUUCCUGUUGAUUUUCUAAGGAUUUCUGGAUGACAUCAGCUCCUGCACCAAGGGGAUGAGUUUGGUCUUCUGUAGAAAGGCUGCUUUGAAAUGUCCCUCUCCUGAAGAGGACAGCAGGUUUGGUGGGCUCUGUCUUCCACAGAAGAAGUGGAGGUAGAUCUGUGCAACAUGUGUAACAACCCAAAAUAUCUCAGAGACAUUCCUCGUGAGACCUAAAACCAACCUGCAAAAGUGAUGGCUGUGACGAGCAGAGUCAUGAAGAGUGCUGCCAGCAUCACCUGGCAGGCGACACGUGCCUCCGGCUUCAUGUCCAGGCUGUGACCUGCAGGAGAACAGACCUUCAGUGCCUCUCUGAGAGUUUCCAGGGGAGCAACAUGCUCCAGGUCAUGCCCAGAUGAUGACAGAUGUUUUACACAACCAUCAAACCCGUAGGUGUUUCUACACCUCCAGGCAUGCCACCUACUCCAGAUGUGCCAUCUCCUCCUGGCUAGAGGACACCUGUGCCCUCACCGCCUUUCAUUUACAAGGGAAGGCUAUAGAAUAUAUAUAUUAAAAAGGAAAAAAAAAAGCAGAUAAAAGCCCUGGUCAAUCCCAUUUCCUGGAGCUGGCUGAAGGCAUAAGUACAUAGCUCACAAGGCAAAAGGUUGUCCAAGGACACUGUCACUUUUGGGCUGGUCCUGUAACCUUCUGAGUGGCCAUGGCUGGGGAAAUUGUUUAUGCUGAUUUAAGGCAUCUUGGAGAUGGUUCUUCUCCUGCUGAGAAAUGUCAUGCUCCUGACUCCUGUCCGUGGUGGCACAGGCUCCUCCUCAAAGCCGGAGGGCUGGGGCAUUUAAUCCUGCUGGUCCUGGUGGUGGUACUGAGUGUGCAGGUUUUUCAGGGCUCUCCGCAGCCAGUGGUGAUGAGAGUUCCCCAGCCAGGUGAUGAGAUCCAGGGAAGGAACCAGAAGGAGAAAUACAUGUUUUCAUCCCUGGUGCGGUAUUUCUGCAAGCCCCAAGUGGAGAGCCCCACAGCCUAUGGUGGCUGCAAGCUGUGUCCCCAGGACUGGCAGCUCCAUGGGGAAAGAUGCUACUGGCUUUCUGAGGAAUUGGGAAACUGGACUCAAGGCACAAAAAGCUGCAAAAAUCAAGACUCUCAGCUGGUGGUACUCCAGGAAAAGAAAGAAAGGGAGCAUAUCAAGGUUAUUACAGGCAAAAGUCCACCACUGGUGUGGAUUGGAUUAAGGUCGCAUCAGAAGGAAUGGAGAUGGGUGGAUAACACACCCUUCAACCCCAAAAUGUUUGGCACCUCCCUGCAGGAGAUGGGUGAAGGGUGCGGGACACUGAAAGCCAAGGGCUUUGAGGUUCAUAGAUGCGAUGCCAAACACAAGUGGGUUUGCAAAAAAAAACCCUUCCAGCUCUACCCAAUAACAGCAGGAGGCGAGGAGAAACACAAUGCCUCCAUCUGACACAUGUCCACCCCAAAAUUCCCAUCCCAUGAGACGCUGAGGUGGAAUCAGCCCCAUUCUCAUCAUGUCUUUGCAGGGGAUUUCAGGCUUUGCAAAUCCACUUCCCACAAGGAUCAAGACCAGCUUGGGAGGCACAGAUGAGCCCCUGAAUGGGAAAUCAGAAGAGCCUGUGCCUCAUGCACAGUGAUUAUAGAGGAUAGAGGUACAACAUCAAUAAAAGCUUAUCAAAGUGAUUUGCCUCAAUUUACUGAGAUAACUCAGGUGAGAGCACAGGUGGCACAUCAUGGUUCAUAUAUAAACAUGGGAAAUUUCAACUCAAAAAAGCUUUCCUGAGUGACAGAAGUUACAUGUGUGCAUCUUUCCAGGCACCGCUGAGAGUGUCAGCACAUAGACUGAUGCAGACAACCGGGUUUUGCUCGAGUUUGGGGGAUUUGGAGCAUUUGGUUUGUCUUUUGCUUUUUCUUGUUGUUUUUUUG